GUCAACAUGACCGCUCGUGUAUUCUUGGGACAAGUGAUCUAUACCAAAUCACUGAAUGAAUUUGUUGUCUACCCAAAUGGAUUUGUAGCUGUCAAAGAUGGCAAGAUUGUUGGCGAAGGUGAUGAUUAUGAAUCGUGGAAAUGUGGUGCAGGCAAAGAUUUUCCACAGGAUGCGGAACAAAUUCAAAUGACCAAGGAACAAUUCCUUAUGCCUGGUCUGGUUGAUUGUCAUAUACAUGCUCCACAAGUUGCCCAAAUAGGUUUGGGUUUAGAUAUGAAGCUGCUUGAGUGGUUAAACACCUAUACAUUCCCAUUGGAGGCGAAAUUUACCGAUAAAGAAUUUGCUGCUAAAGUUUAUAAAAGAGUUGUGGAAUCUACUCUUAAGAGCGGUACUACAUUGUCAUGCUAUUUUGGAACCAAUGACAAAGAUAGCACUUUGAUCCUAGCUAAAGAAGCUGUUAGACAAGGACAACGAGCCUUGGUUGGCAAAGUUUGUUCCAACUGCAAUAGUCCUGACUUUUACGUAGAGAAAACCAAAGAUUCUUUGUGUGCAACAAAAGAAUUUGUCGAUGAGAUGUCAAAGCUGUCAACGGAUUUGGUGAAACCAAUUAUUACACCACGAUUUGCGUUGAGUUGUACCAAGGAACUGUUAAGCGGUUUGGGUGCUAUUGCCAAGGAGCACAAUUUACAUAUACAGAGUCACAUAAGUGAAAGUGUAGCUGAAAUUGAUUUUGUUAAGCAAUUGUUCGGAACAUCCUAUGCCAAGGCUUAUGAUAAUGCUGGUCUGUUGACAAAUAAGACUGUUAUGGCUCAUGCUGUCCACUUGGAAGACGAUGAAAUUGCCUUGUUCAAAGAACGCGGCACUUCGGUGGCCCAUUGUCCAGCAUCGAAUACAAUGCUUAGUUCGGGAUUUUGUGAUGUUUUGCGUUUAAUUGAGAAUGGUGUGAAAGUUGGUUUGGGAACAGAUGUCUCUGGUGGCAAUUCCAUUUCAAUACAAGAUGCCAUAUUGCGCGCUCUUGACGUUUCUCACCAUCUGGAGUUUGUUAAAAAGCAGCACAUGUUUGGCACGGGUCGUUUACAGAAUCCCGAAAAUCCCAACUACAAGCCACUUGAUUAUAAACAAGCCAUAUAUUUGGCAACAUUGGGUGGUGCCGAAGCCUUGGCCUUAGAUCAUGUAUGUGGUAAUUUUGUUGUGGGCAAAGAAUUCGAUGCAUUGCUAAUUGAUACUGGUGUAUAUCCAUUGCAUAAUUAUGGCUUCUAUAAUGCGGAAGAUUAUGAGAAGAAAUCGCCAGAAGUGAAACUAUUAGAAAUGGUUCAGAAAUUUAUUUAUACCGGAGAUGAUCGUAAUAUUGUGAAGGUAUUUGUGGCUGGAAAACAGGUUAAAUAA